AUGUUUUGGCCAUUUAGUCAUUCGUAUCCAGAGCGGCGUGUCGUGGAUGUUGACCGCAAGAGCUUCGAUUAUGUUAUAGUUGGGGGUGGAACAGCAGCAUGCGCUCUAGCAUCUCGACUCAGCGAAGAUCUUAAUGUCAGCGUCCUCCUUAUUUCCAAGGGAAAGAUCCAGGACGAUUGGAUCAGUAGUAUCCCUAUCGUCGGCGGCGCUAGAGAGAACCAGGGCUCCAACAUUGACACACUCUGGUCGGAAACAGAUGAUCGGUGGGAUGGAAUCAAAGCUAGGAUUUUCACAUCUCAAUCUCUCGGUGGAGCGUCGAACAUCAAUGGGCUGAUGUACACACGUGGUUCCCCUGGCAAUUACAACAAGUGGGCAGCACUCGGUAAUGAUGAGUGGAGUUUCGAGAAAUGUGAACCGUACUUCAAGAAGCUGGAGAACGCCCAUAGUCAGGCAGAAGCUCCUUAUCGAGGCCAUUCUGGGCCAAUCCACCUCAGACAAGACCCUGCUGUGGCGUCUGUUGAUAAUUACAUCGAGCUGGCGGCAAGUCAUCUCAAUCUGCCUGUGCGCCAUGAUGCAAACAACCCGAAAGCUCCGUCAGAAGGUCUUUUCACUGUUGAGCACAUGAUUGACAAAUCCGGGUACCGCCACUCAUCCUACGCAGCAUAUCUGCCCAAGUCGCUUGCACUUGAGCGCAAAGAGAGAUUGACUAUUUGCGGAGGCGCUGUAGCUACUAGGCUCCAACUGAGCCAAGAUGGCACGCGAGUAACUGGCGUUUACCUUCUGGAUCACCUCAAUCAGAAAGCGGGGAAAGAGUGUCUCGUUCAAGCAAACAGGGAGGUCAUCAUUUGCUGCGGCACGCUCUUCACCCCUCAACUUCUCAUGCUGAGCGGAAUUGGUCCAAGGGAGAAACUCAAAGACCACAAGAUCAACUGCGUACAGGACUUGCCGGGCGUCGGCGCAAACCUUCACGACCAUGUCGCGUUCGCCAUCACCUUCGAAGUCCGCCUCAUCGAUUCCUACCUCCGCAUGUUGAACCCCUUCACCGCGAUCUGGCUUUUCCUCGUUUACUUGGUAACCAAAACGGGAAUUCUAUCAACUUCGGGGGGUAGAUUAUGUGCUUGGAUCCAAAGUAAGAACAUUGACGAGGCAACAAUGACUGUGAAAUCGCAGGGAAACGCCUUUGGGGAAAAUCACGACAGGGAAGAUGCCGCUCUUCCAGAGAACCUACCGGAUCUCGAACUUCUGUUCUUCAACGCGGCGUUUGAUUACCAGGCGGGCAAAGGAUACUGCGGCUUUCAAGUAGCCUUAGUACAGCCGUUCUCGGAAGGCCGAAUCGAACUCGCAUCCUCCGACCCUCUUGCCCUGCCGAAAUACCAUUACCAGUACAUCACAGACCCGCGCGACUGGGCGGUGGCGCGCAAAGGGGCCCGGUUUGCCAUGAACUACGUCGAAGCGUUACGAAAGACGGACUACCCAUUCAACUGCGUCUGGCACCUUGCCCCGGGGGCAACGACAGGGACUGUGAAAGGCAGCUGGACAGAUGUUUCGGACGAAGAGAUUGACGCGUACAUUAAGAAACGAAUGCGCAACUUUUAUCAUCCGACUUCGACCUGUCGUAUGGCGCCGGUGGAAGACGGUGGUGUCGUCGGGCAAGAUUUGAGGGUCCACGGAUUCACGAAUUUGAGAAUCGCCGAUGCGAGUGUGUUCCCGAGUAACACGUCUGCCCACACAGCGGCGCCAAUUUAUAUGGUGGCCGAGAGAUGUGCCGACUUCAUCAAAAACUACUGGGCGAGAUCGAAUUGA